AUGCGUACUGCACUUAAUAUUGAAGUACGAGUUAUUUCUGAAGAAGUAUAUUCUGUUCAUGCUGGUCAAGCUCCUUGUCUUAGAACAGUUGAAAAAUGGUGUAAACGGUUCCGUGAGGAUCAAGAAGAACUUGAAGACAAAGCACGACCUGGUAGAUCUUUUACUGAAACAACUCGUGAGAAUAUCGAACAAGUCCGUCUUAUUAUCGAAGAUGAUCCUAGUGUUACAAUAGAAGAAGUGCAAGAGCAAACUGGUUUAAGCUACGGUACCACUUAG